CCAAAUAUGGAAUGUUUGAAACAAAUCCAUAAAACAAGCGCUACCCUUUGUGAAUGGGUUUUCUUUUCGUCUUCUUACCCAUUCAUACAUACAAUCACUCCAUUUUUUCCUCUGCUUUUCACCAUCAACGUUGCUAGCUCCUCCCGUCAAAGCACAUUCAUCAACUGCAAGACGAAGGCAAUGGCAAAGAAGAAGAAUCCUUUGGUGUUUAUGGAUGUGUCUAUUGAUGGGGAUCCUGUUGAAAGGAUGGUUUUUGAGCUUUUCUACGAUGUUGCUCCCAAGACUUCAGAUAAUUUCCGUGCAUUAUCCACAGGAGAGAGAGGUAUCAGUCCAAAUACUGGAAAAUCGCUGCACUACAAGGGUUCUUUCUUCCAUCGCAUUAUAAAAGGCUCCAUUGUGAAGGGUGGUGAUUUUGUCAAUCGUAAUGGGACUGGUGGAGAAAGCAUAUAUGGUUCAAACUUCCCAGACGAGUCACCUAGGCUUAAGCAUGAUGCCCCUGGGCUUUUGUCGAUGGCGUUUGCGGACCGUGACACACUUGGUUCCCAUUUUAUCAUCACUUUGAAAGCAGAUCAUCAUCUUGAUAGGAAGCAUGUAGUUUUUGGGAAGCUUGUUGAAGGUCUUCAAGUAUUGAAGAGAAUUGAAGAUGUGGGUGAUGAGGAAGGACAUCCAACUGUAACUGUUAAAAUCAUUAAUUGUGGUGAAUAUAAUGACGAUGGGGAGAAGGUAAAUAAAUCAAAAACCCGAAAGGAUAGAUCCAACGAUGAAACACGCAAGAAGGGAAAACACAAAAGAUCUUCAAAAGAUCGAAGGAAGAGUAGAAGAUACCACUCAUCUGAAUCCGAGAGUUCUUCAAAUUCAGACACGGAAUCUUCGAAAACUAGUUAUUCUGACUCAGAUCUGUCUUCGUCGUCAUCUGAUAUAAUUUCAUCUAGUGAUGAAAGACGAAGAAAGAGAAAGAGAUUUAAGAAAGAUAAAUAUAAACGCGGAAAAAGUAGAGAUAAACGUCGUGACAAAAAGCGAAGAAGAAGAAGAAGGAAUAAGAGGUCGAAGCGCAAAUCAAAAAGGGAAUUUGGCAAUGAUUCAGCUAGUGAGAGUAACAACAACUCUAAUGGUGAAUGUCUUGAUACUCAACAUAAAGAGCUGAAGCAAAAAGACCGUUAUCAGAAAAAAGAAGAUGUAGAUGAGAUAAUACCGAAGAUGAAGAAGAAGAAGAGGGCUGAGAUGGAUCUGGAAACGUCAUCGUCGUCGGAGAAGCCUAAGAGAAGACCGACGAAGAAGGCUGUGUUGGUUGGAUUGAAUUUGCCGGCGCAGAUGAUGAAGAAGAUGAAGAGUGUUGAUGUGAAAGCGAAGAUAUUGAGGAUGAAAAAGUACCUGAUUGAACAGCGAGGGUUUCCAGAGGAUAAAAUAAUUGUGAUCAUUGAGGACGAAGAAGACACCAAACCCACUGGGACUAACAUACGUGAGCACCUAUACAGGCUUGUUGAGGGCUCUGAUCCAGGUGACAUCCUAUUCAUCCACCUCAUUGCUUAUGGCUGUUCUGAUGGAUAUAUUCUUACUCCAGAUCAAAAACACAUUGAAGAUAGAUAUUUCAGGUCACUUAUAUUUAGAUCCGUCACAGGGGGUCUUAAUCUCACAUUUGUUUCUGAUUGCCUAAUUCAACCUAUAGCUCGUUGUUCUUGUCCUACAACAACACCACUACCACGUUACCGACCUUGGGAGGAACGAAUUAAGAUCUUUACUGAUCCCAAAUAUCUUGAAGAAGCCAAACUUGCCAUUGGCUACUAUGGUUUUGUAACACCCACUCGCUUGUCUCAUGUAGAUAUCAUCAGUCUUCAAGGGGAGGAGGAGGACAAAACUAAAACUAAAACUACUGAAACCACCCCCCUCCCUUCACGUGUGAUUCUCUUCACGCCUUUCCCAUGUGAUCAUAAUGUACCCCCCCGGUGCAUUAUUGAUGUAUCAGAAGUAGUCUUCCCCCCACCAACCGGAUACAAGUACACAUCAUACGGGGCUUUUACCAAUUCCAUACUCAAUGUAAUUGAAGAGACUCCUCCUGGUGGUGGUCCAGUUACUAACUUGGAGCUUGCUCAAAAGGCUAUGGUCAAACUCGGAGGACAAACACCACCUAGUCUCAGUUGCAGCCACCUCAACCACGCUCAUGCUCCUUUUUUGUGCUGAUCUUAUGCUGCUGGGUGACAGACAAAGAUACAAUGUUGCUUCUCUAAUCCAUCUUCUUCUUUUUAUUUAUCACCAUACUUUGGUUCAUGUUUGCAUCCAUCAAACUAUGAGAUAAAUUAAAUUUCAUAUUUUAAUUAUGUAUUAACUAUAUGCCUGUUUCGCAUGUAUGAAUCAUGUCUGACAAUUAGCUUUCCUAAAUGUAUGUCUCAUUUGGCCAAAUGCCAUCUAUAUAUGUCUGAUGAUUCGACACUAUAGAUAACAAGUUUUUCUACUGAUUUGAUGACAGAUGAAUUUGAAA